AUGGGAGAAAAGAAUGGUGAUGCAAAAACUUUCUGGAUGGAGCUGGAAGAUGAUGGGAAAGUCGACUUUAUAUUUGAGCAAGUACAAAAUGUUCUGGAAUCAUUAAAAAAAAAGAUCAAAGAUGGGACUGCCACAAAUAAAGAGUACAUCCAAGCAAUGAUUCUGGUGAAUCAAGCAACUAUAAAUGGCAGUUCAGCCUUCCUAAAAGAUGGAACAGUUGUGAUGCAGGAUGAACAGGAAAACAAAUCAAGGUUACUGCCCUCCGCAUCGUGUGAACACUUCCCAGAAGACUGUGCAUUUCUAUCUGCAGACAAUAAGGAAACUCUCCCUUUGGAAAAUAAAGUUACCGAUUUACAAAAAAGAAAACCAUCAUUGGCUUCAUCCUACAAAAGUCAUGCCUGCUCUGGUGCCUGUCUGAUAAAAAUGCCCCUCACCUUCAAGGGAGAAAACCCUCUGCAACUGCCAACCCAAUGCCACUUCCAGCGACGACACUCCAAGACAAACUCUCACUCGUCAGCGCUCCAUGUGAGUUACAGAACCCCUUGUGGAAGGAGUCUACGAAACGUGAAGGAAGUUUUCCGUUACCUGAUUGAGACAGAGUGCAACUUUCUGUUUACAGAUAAUUUUUCUUUCAACACCUAUGUUCAGUUGACUCGGAAUUACCCAAAGCAGGAAGAAAUUGUUUCUGAAGCGGACAUCAGCAGUGGUGUGGAAUCAGUGCCCAUUUCUUUCUGUAACGAAAUUGACAGUAGAAAGCUUCCUUAUUUUAAGUACAGAAAGACUCUGUGGCCUCGCACAUAUUAUCUCAACAACUUUUCCAACAUGAUUACUGAUUCAUGUGACUGUUCAGAGGGCUGCAUAGACAUAACAAAAUGUGCAUGUCUUCAGCUAACAGCAAAGAAUGCAGAGACCUGUCCCUUGUCAAGUAAUACAGUAACCACUGGAUAUAAGUAUAAAAGACUACUGAGACAGAUACCGACUGGCAUUUAUGAGUGCAGCCUGUUGUGCAAAUGUAACCGGCAGAUGUGUCAGAACCGAGUUGUCCAGCAUGGCCCACAAGUGAGGCUUCAGGUGUUUAAAACCGAGAAGAAGGGAUGGGGCGUGCGCUGCCUGGAUGACAUUGACAGGGGGACAUUUAUUUGCAUUUACUCAGGGAGAUUACUAAGCAGAGCUAACACUGAGAAACUGGUUGCGACUGGAGAAAAUGGGAGAAAGCAGGAUACCACGGAAAAUAUAUUUUCUAAAAAGAGGAAAAUGGAAGGUGCAUGUUCAGAUUGUGAGGUUGAAGUUGUUUCAUUAGAACUGGAAGCACAGUCUGAAACUGAGAAACCCCUGCCUAAGCCCAGUCAUGAAGCCACAGAGUCUGUCAUGCCAAUGAAGCAUAACAACAUUUCAAGAAUUCAUUAUCAUUCUGUCAUUAAAAGUCCUAAAGCCAAGCGAGCCAUUUUUAAGGACAUUGGGGAAAAGAUGGGACUUGCUUCCUCUGAGUCUGUCACCUCAGAAGAUAAUGGGUGGGAACCAAGCCCAGUACAUCUGACCUCUGAAGCUGUGGAAACAAAAAAGAACUCACGCUCUGACCCAGUCAAAGAUCCUGAAGACAGCCUGCUGAUUGAAUCAGAUGUGAUAGAUAUAACUCAGUGUAAAGAAACACCACCGAAGGACCAGGGUAACCAGGUGACCACAUUGGAUCCUCAAAGGAUGAUAAAGGAGUUUGAGGUUCAAACACAAAAGCCCCAAGAGGAACCAUCUCCAGCAUCUCAAAAUCACCAGGUCUUUGUUGAUGAACAGUUGUCAAGUAAAACCAAAUAUGCUUCAUCUGAUGAUUUAAGGAAGUUCAAUAAGGGAGAUGCAUUUUUAUUGGAUGCCACAAAAGAAGGAAAUGUGGGCCGCUUCCUUAAUCAUAGUUGUUGCCCGAAUCUCAUGGUACAGAAUGUCUUUGUGGAAACACACGACAGAAAUUUCCCACUGGUGGCAUUCUUCACCAACAGGUAUGUGAAAGCAAGAACAGAACUGACAUGGGAUUAUGGUUAUGAAGCUGGGAGCAUGCCUGAGAGGGAAAUCCUCUGCCAAUGUGGAGCUAACAAGUGUAGGAAAAAAAUUCUAUAA